AUGCUAAAUACCUUGCAAGUUUUGCAAGAGCUAAAUGAAAGCUCCUCCUUUUUGAAACCUUUGGCCUUCACACUGCUGGCCAUUUUCCUUAUCUUCCUAUACACAUGGUACUCUUCCACUAAAACCACCACCCAAAAAUCAUCACCACCACCUUCUCCACCAAAGCUACCUAUCAUUGGAAACCUUCACCAGAUAGGCUCGUACCCUCAUCGCUCACUUCAAGCCUUGUCCCAACGCCAUGGCCCUCUCAUGCUUCUCCACUUUGGAAGUGUCCCGGUGCUUCUCGUGUCUUCAGCUGAGGCAGCCCGGGAGAUCUUGAAAACUCAUGACCUCGCGUUUUCUGGUCGACCCAAGUCCACCAUCUUUGACAAGCUUCUCUACAACUACAAAGAUGUCACAAGCGCGCCGUAUGGUGAGUAUUGGAGGCAGGUGAGAAGUAUAUGUGUGUCAAAUCUUUUGAGCGACACAAGGGUUCGGUCUUUUCGUUCUGUGAGGGAAGAUGAAACCAAAUCCAUGAUCAGAAACAUAAAUAAUUCAUCAUCAUCUGUUUUGAAUUUAAGCGAAAUCUUUGUGAGGCUUACUAAUGAUGUGGUGUGUAGAGUGGCUUUAGGAAGGAAGUACAGUGAUGGGGAAGGCGGGGAAUGGGAGGAUGUUUAA